CGUGCGCAGUCGCAGACUGCUGAGCCGGGAUCUGGGGUAGCUGAGAGGUUCUUCAGCCCUUAGACGCCAGUCACUCUGACUGCGGGAGACUUUGGGCUGUUUUAGUACCAUGCAUCCUUUACAGCAUGUCCUCCAAGUGCAAAGGUGUCUGAGGUGGGGGCCCUUGGCCUCUGGGUCCUGGCGGCUGCUCAAGACCUGCAGGGCACACAGUGGUGUCCCCAGCACUGCACGACCCAGUCCAGAGAGGCAGCAGGAAGAUGGAGUUUGGAAAGAUUUCAGCUCCAGGCUGGCCAGUGGACCAACUUUUCAGCAUUUUUUAAGAAGUUCUUCAGUUCCUCAAGAGAAACCACCUUCUCCAGAUGUGGAGGACCCACCCCCAUAUCUCACAGUGGAUGAACUUUUAGGAAAGCAGAGAAAAGUCUACCUUGAGACCUAUGGCUGCCAGAUGAAUGUGAAUGACACAGAGAUAGCCUGGUCCAUCUUACAGAAGAAUGGCUACCUGCGGACCAGUAACCUUCAGGAGGCUGAUGUGAUCCUCCUUGUCACAUGUUCUAUCAGGGAGAAGGCUGAGCAGACCAUUUGGAAUCGUUUACAUCAGCUCAAAGCCCUGAAGUCAAAACGGCUCCGCUCCCAAGUACCUCUGAGGAUUGGGAUUCUAGGCUGCAUGGCUGAGAGGUUAAAGGAGGAGAUCCUCAACAGGGAGAAGAUGGUGGAUAUUUUGGCUGGUCCGGAUGCCUAUCGGGACCUUCCUCGGCUGCUUGCUGUUGCAGAGUCAGGCCAGCAAGCUGCCAAUGUGCUGCUGUCUCUGGAUGAGACCUAUGCCGAUGUCAUGCCGGUCCAGACGAGCCCCAGUGCUACUUCUGCUUUUGUGUCUAUCAUGCGAGGCUGUGACAACAUGUGCAGCUACUGCAUUGUUCCUUUCACACGUGGCCGGGAGAGGAGUCGGCCUGUUGCCUCCAUUUUAGAGGAAGUGAGGAAACUUUCUGAGCAGGGACUAAAAGAAGUGACGCUCCUUGGUCAGAAUGUUAAUAGUUUUCGGGACACUUCAGAGGUCCAGUUCAACAAUGCAGUGUCCACCAACCUCAGCCGUGGCUUUUCCUCCAACUAUAAAACCAAGCAAGGGGGUCUUCGUUUUGCUCACCUUCUGGACCAGGUCUCCCGAAUAGAUCCUGAAAUGAGGAUCCGUUUCACCUCUCCUCACCCCAAGGACUUUCCUGAUGAGGUUCUGCAGCUGAUUCAUGACAGAGACAACAUCUGUAAACAGAUCCACCUACCAGCCCAGAGUGGAAGCAGCCGUGUAUUGGAAGCCAUGCGGAGGGGAUAUUCAAGAGAAGCUUAUGUGGAAUUAGUUCAUCAUAUCAGAGAGUCUAUCCCAGGUGUGAGCCUCAGCAGUGAUUUCAUUGCUGGCUUUUGUGGUGAGACGGAAGAAGAUCACCUCCAGACAGUGUCUUUGCUUCAGGAAGUUCAAUACAACAUGGGCUUCCUCUUUGCCUAUAGCAUGAGGCAGAAGACACGUGCAUAUCACAGACUAAAGGAUGAUAUCCCAGAAGAGGUAAAAUUAAGGCGUUUGGAGGAACUUAUUACUGUCUUCCGAGAAGAAGCAACAAAAGCCAACAAGACCUUUGUGGGUUGUACCCAGCUGGUGCUGGUGGAGGGGUUCAGUAAACGCUCUUCCACUGACCUGUGUGGCCGGAAUGAUGGAAACCUUAAGGUGAUCUUUCCUGAUGUAGAGCUGGAGGAUGUCACCAACUCUGGGCUUAAGGUCCGAGCUCAGCCUGGCGACUAUGUGCUGGUGAAGAUCACCUCUGCCAGCUCUCAGACACUUAAAGGACAUGUUCUCCGUAGGACCAGUCUGAAGGACUCUGCAGCAUAUAGCUGACCUGACUAGUUGCCUCAGACUUUCCCAACGGGAAGAGACUGGUCACUAAUGAAAGGUAAUGAAACUUUGGAGACAAGCUGCAAGUGGUGAAGCAACUUUCUGUGAAUGGAAAAUGCGUUUCUUUGCUGCUUUGUAAACAGCUUUUACAUUCAUUAAAUUUACCUUAACUAAA